UCUCUAUUUCUCCCUCUCUCUAAAACUCUAGUAUAUGACCAAAGUUCUGCAAAUCUCCAUUUAUCUCUCUCUCUAAAACGGAGGCUUUAUGACCCAAGUUUUGCAAAUCUCUAUUUCUCUCUCUCUCUAAACGGAGGUUUUAUGCGGGAAGAGCAUGUAGGAGGGGCGUUGCAUGAAAGGAUGAAUUCCAGUGUCUUGCAUUCAUCAAGAAAAAGACUGUUACCACUGCACUCCAAAACCUUAUUCUUCUCUCACCAUAAACUUUACAUAGCUUCUCUCUUCUCCUCCUCAUCUAAUGGGCAAUCUUUACAAGAGAACCACAAGAAAAAGAAGAAUAAAUUAACAAACUCUUCCACUGCAACAGAGCAACAAGACAUAGAGAACAGCAUUUACGCCGUACUGACAAUAGACAGAUGGGAAUCCCUGAACCACAUGAACUACAAACUCUCAUCUCUCAGAACCGUCCAUGGAAGGCUGGCUCUAAGGUUCCUUAAUUAUCUCAGCAAACAACCCAACUUUAAACACAUGACUCAGUACCUUUCAAUCACAACCCACAUAUUGGUUAAGGCCAAAAUGUAUGAUGAAGCCAAAGAAUUACUAAGAAACCUGACAAAGUUAGGACUUGGGCCUAAACUCCUCUUCGAUGACCUUAUGCAUGCUUAUACAAAGUGUAAUUCUAACCCAUCGACCUUUGACCUCUUGAUUCGAGUAUAUAUCAAUGAUGGUUUGCUUGGAAGUGCCUUUGAAACAUUUCGGUUGAUGAAACUUAGGGGGUUCAGUCCCUCAAUUUAUUCUUGCAAUGCUAUUCUUUCUUUGAUAAUGAAAAAGAAAAACAAGAUUUCUUUGGUUUGGUUGUUUUUUGAGGAGAUUUUGACUUGUGGAAUUUGUCCUAAUGUGGGAACAUUCAAUAUUCUUCUCAAUGCCCUUUGCAUAGAGGGGAAGAUUGACAAGGCAGGGAAAUUUAUUAAGAAAAUGGAGGAAAUUGGUUAUACGCCAACAUCAGUUACUUACAAUACUUUGAUUGAUAAGUAUAUUAAAAAGGAGAGGUUCAAGGAUGCGUUUAAGCUUCUUGAAGUAAUGGGAUUGAAAGGUAUUAAGUCUGAUGUAUGUACAUAUAACAUGUUUAUUAAUAGUUUGUGUAAAAAGAAUAAUUCCUCUGAUGCUUAUUUGCUUCUUAAGAGGAUGAAGAAGAGGGGGAUGAAACCAAAUGAAGUCAGUUAUAAUAGUUUGGCCAAUGGAUUGUGUAAAGAGGGUAAAACUGCUCUGGCCAUGAAGGUUUUGGAUGAAAUGUUGGCUCAUGAUCUUGUGCCGAAUGGUAUUACUUAUAACACAUUGAUUGAUGGGCAUUGCCGGAAAGGGGAUUUUCAGAGAGCUUUGAGGCUUUUAGAUAAAAUGGAGGCCUUAGAGAUUGAGUUGAGUGAGGUUAGCUAUGGUGCCCUUAUGAAUGGGUUUUGUAAGGCUGGCAAGCUCAAUGAGGCCUCUAAUCUUUUGGAUAUAAUGAAACAAAAGGGAUUAAAUGCUGGGUGUAUUAUAUACACCAUUUUGAUUGAUGGAUAUUGCAAGAGCGGCCAGUUUCAUGAAGCUUUACACAUUCUUGAUAAAAUGCAAGGGUCUGGAAUUGUGCCAGAUAUUGUAACGUAUUCUUCACUUAUAAAUGGAUCUUGCAAAUUGGGGAGGGUCAAAUAUGCGAAGGCGAUCCUAUGUAAGAUGCAAAAAGGAGGACUUUCCCCCAAUAGUAUUAUUUAUGCAACUUUAAUUCACUCAUAUUGUAAACUUGGUAAAGUAUUAGAAGCCUUAAAACUAUAUCUUCAUAUAAAGAAGAGAGGCAUGAAUUUGGAUUUGAUAACUUGUAAUAUGUUGGUUGCUGCACUUUGUAAGGGUGGGAUGUUACAAGAGGCUGAGGGGUUUGUUGCUCAUAUGGGUAGGAUUGGCCCGUCUCCAGGUCUUGUUACUUUUGAUUGUAUAAUAGAUGGUUAUUGCAAUAGAGGUGAUGUGCUCGGUGCAUUUGCGAUCUUUGACGAUGUUGUAAAAAUAGGUCAUGUUCCAGGUGUUUUCACAUACACUAGUCUCCUUAAAGGACUAUGUAAAAGUGGGAAUUUGGAUGAGGCUUAUGGGUUUAUGGACAAAUUACACACGAUGCCUUUGGUUCUAGAUACUAAAGUGUAUAAUACGUUAUUACAUGGAAUUUGUAAGGCUGGGAAGUUGGAGGAAGCAGUUAAAUUUUGUAACGACAUGGUUCAAAAUAAUAUAUAUCCAGAUACAUACACGUACACCAUUCUUAUUAAUGGUUUUUGUAAGGAAGGCAAAUUAGUUCCUGCAUUUAUGUUGUUUUUAUCUAUGAAGGAUAGGGGUUUUGUUCCCAAUUGUGUAACUUACACUUGUUUAAUUGAUGGAUUGAUUAAAGAAAGCCAACUUAAGUGUGCUUGUUAUCUUCAUAAAGAGAUGAGGGCCAAUGGUGUCCUUGAUAUUGUUUCUUUCAAUGUAAUGAUCGAUGGAUUCUCUCGAGCUGGCAAACUGCAAAGGGCAGAUAAACUCUUCUCGGCUAUUUUGCAAACGGGUUUGUAUCCCAAUAGAGUAACUUAUAACAUUCUUAUGCACGCGUAUGCUAAGAGAGGUCUAGUAUCAAAAUCCUUGUAUUUGUACAAAGAAAUGGUUGAGAGUGGUUUUGCACCUGAUAUAUUAACUUAUAAUGCCCUCACUCUUAGUCUCUCUGACACUGGCAUGGCAGAUAUUGGGUUAAAAUUGUUGGAAAAAAUGAUUCGAGGAAAUGUGAAUCCCGAUCACUCAAUAUUCAACAUUCUUAUAAAGAAAUUCAGUGACAAGUGUGAUAUGAAGAAUGUUUUUAAGCUUGUCACAGUUAUGAAUAAUUUAGGGGUUCUUCCUGAUUCGGGUACUUUUACUACUGUCCUUGAGGGUCUAAAUAGAAAAGGGGAGUUCCAAGAAUCUUGUAAGCUUCUGCAUGCCAUGUUAAAGGGAGAGGUUCUUCCCAACCAUAGAUCUUAUAUAACUUUAAUCAAUGGGAAGUGUAGAGAGGGUGAUAUCCAGGGGGCAUUUAGGCUUAAAGAAGAGAUGGAGAAACUAGGCUUAGUCCCACGUGAUGUUUCUGAGAGUGCCAUAGUGCGGGGCCUUUGCAAGAGCCAAAAGCUCGAAGAAGCCAUGUUGCUCUUUGAUAACAUGCUUCAGAUGGGGUUGGUUCCCACCAUUGCCACUUUUACCACUCUCAUUAAUGCACACUGCAAAGAAGGCAAGCUUGCUGAGGCUCUAAGCCUAUGUGAUGUUAUAGAACAAUGUGGCAUGAAUCUUGAUGUUGUGACUUAUAAUGUUGUAAUCACUGGACUAUGUAACAAUGGCUGUAUAGCUGUUGCAUUUGAAUUAUAUGAAGAGAUGAAGAGGAAAGGCCUAUGGCCCAAUAUUACCACAUACACUGUGCUUAUAGAAGCUCUUCUUAAGGGAAUUGAUCAGUCUAAAGGGGAGUUGCUUUUGAUGGAUAUACGGGAAAGGGGUCUUAUUUCUCAUGAAAACAUGAAUCUUGGAGUGCAUGAGAGGUUGGUUCGUGCUUUGAGAAGAUUGAAUGGCUUGAGGCGAUGCAAGAAAAUGACAUUAUAUGGGGAAAAGUAGGAGAUUAGUUUGUUCUUAAUGUGAUUACUCACCCUUACUCUUAACUGGAAAGCACAACAGGCAAACCUUCGUCGCCUGGUGAUUUCGAGAUCUUAGACAUGCACUCUUGCUUCCAGGUGCAAAAACAACAUUUACCAAUCUUAAAAGCAAAAUAUUAGGAAAGAUAUUGUAUUCAAUCACAGGAAGACUGAUUGGCACGAACAAUUUUAGGGUAAUUAUAGUAAAUGCAUCAAUCUGGUGCUUGUGAGUGGCUUUUUCUACUCAGAGCCAGUAUUACUUUCUUGGAAGGUGAGGAUCACUAUUCUGGAUCAGACCUCCAAUGACAAGGUGCAAGUACAUCAAAACUUCAAGGGAGUACAACCAAAUUGUUUUGGUCAUGACUUGCAUUCUAUGAGCUUUAUCAAGAAACAAUCUUAUUCUCAUUCAUUCUUUGAAGGCCAUGCGAAACACUACUUGCAGAAAGUGGUUCAACCACUCUUAUGCAGGUAAAUGGACAACCUGAUGCCUCCAAUUAGACAAGAAAUGGAUAACCUCCAACUUAAUGAGGUAAUAUGGAAUUCGUAUUUCAAUCCUGAUGAGGUCAUUUCAGAUGAUAGGCGAUAGGCAUUUGAAACUGCAAUAUGCAUAACGACGCUCAUAUUUGACGAUAUUGCCAAGUUGUACAUAUCAGAUCGUGUUCGCCGGCAAUCUGGAGCUAAACAAAGCAUUCCAAGAAAUCCCUUGUCUAUUGGUAAGAUGUCUAGCAGACAAGGUGGAUAACGAGAUUGACGAACUAUGAAUGCAAACAAAAUCCAACACUGGUUGACUCGUCAUGAUCGCAUGAUGCCUGAUAUUGAAGAAGAUAUUGUCAAUGGGUUGCCCUCAGAGGAGUACAAGCAGGUUAGUGCAGUUCAGACAUCUACAAUCAUGUUAGCAGAGACAUUUACACUUAAACAAAAGUGGUAUCUUGAAGUUUAUAAUCGUGUUAACAACGCAUUUGAAACAUUGUCUAAGUUUGUACCUAUAGAUAUGGAUAUAUAGAAGUCAUGAUGGAAAAUUUACAACGUGAAUAUAAUGACGAAGGUGUACCUGACGAGGCCGGACAUGAUGUAGUGGGUGAAAAUAGUCGGGCUGCAGAAGACCUAAUUCCAUCCAUAUAACUUGCAAUUGAAGAGCCCAGAAGAUAUAACACACGAAAGAAACAGUAUUAGCUCAAGAGAAAUCGACCAAUGUAAUAGCCUUUUGACCCUUGUAAUGUAUUGGUCAUUUUGACCCUUGCAAUGUAUUGGUCAUUUGAUCCACCCAAUUUGUUCAAUGAAUUUUGUCAAGUCUUUCUACUUUCUUCA